CCACAGUUCCAAAACUCAAAGCAAACCCCAUAAAUCCAUAAUCACAAACACCUUUUGUUUUCCUCACAUUCUUAGCACUCGGUAUUAUUCUCUUCUCAGAUUAGUCAUUCAGAGUUAUCAGCUUUUUCUCUUUAAGUAAGAAAAGGAAAAAGAUGAUGUUACCAGAAGCAUGCGUAGCCAACAUCCUUUCAUUAACAUCUCCGGCAGACACAUUCUCGUCGUCAGAAGUCUCUUUGGUUUUCUGGUUAGCCGGAGACUCCGAUUACGUAUGGGAAAAGUUUCUGCCGUCCGGUUACAAAAGCAUCAUCUCUCAAUCCACUGAUUAUCAUUGGAGUGUCUUAUCCAAAAAAGAUAUUUAUCGAUGUCUUUGUGAUUCUCUUCUGAUCGACAAUGCUCGAAAGCUUUUCAAGAUCAAUAAAUUCUCCGGAAAAAUUUCGUAUAUUUUAUCAGCAAGAGAUAUAUCUAUAACUUCGAGCCACCAAGAAUCCUACUGGUCUUGGAGCAAUGUUUCAGAUUCUAGAUUUUCGGAAUCGGCUGAACUUAUAACAACGGAUCUGCUAGAAAUCAAGGGUAAAAUCCAAACCGGAAUUUUAUCACCGAACACAAGAUAUGGAGCAUAUCUCAUAAUGAAAGUAACUAAACGUGCCUAUGGACUAGACCUAGUCCCAGCAGAGAUUUGGAUAAAAUCAAGAAAUGGUCAAAUUGUUAAGAACACAACUUAUUUAUGUUGCGUGGAUGAGAAGAAACAACAGUUGAAGCGGCUGCUUUACGGAAACAGAGAAGAGCGAAUGGCGACAGCUGUGGAGGCAGCCGGCGGGGACGGGAAAAGGAGGGAGCCAAAAGGUAGAGAUGACGGAUGGAUGGAGAUUGAGUUAGGAGAGUUUGAGACACGAGAAGGAGACGAUGAUGAGGUCGAUAUGAGUCUCACAGAGGUGAAAGGAUAUCAACUGAAAGGUGGCAUUGUGAUUGACGGUAUUGAAAUCAGGCCUAAAUCUCUGAAUUAGGACCAAGAUGAGUAUGGAAUCUGGGGGUUUAAUUGUUAACUUUUUAAAAUAUGGGAGAAAAAUGAAGGGGUUUGUGUAUGAAGAUAUUGAUUUAUUUGUUCAUUAUUAAUUUAUUAUUGUGCAUUUUGAAGAGAGUAGAAUUUUCAAUUUUCGAUUAUUUCUUUCGCUCGAGGAUAUUGUACAAUUUGGGUUUGUAUCACAAAUAAUGUAGAUGAG